AUGGUCGACACCGACGCCAGUCAACUGAAGGAGGAUCAGCUGAACAACAAGAUUUCCAACGAGGAGUACAAGAUAUGGAAGAAGCAAUCGCCCUUUCUGUAUGAUCUCUGUCUGUCCAAGGCCUCAGAGGCCCGCUCGUUCACGGUCCAAUGGUACCCAGACACUCCAGAGUACACCAAGACGGUUGGGCCCAUCACAACCUACUCGCUGCUCAUGGCCACGGGCGUUGAUCGCGAGGAACCAGACGGUCUCAUUUACCGUGCGCUUGUAGAUAUCCCCAACUCAAACUAUUCUGGCGGCGCCAAGAUUGAAAACAUAGUUUCUCCCGUGCAGGAGAUCCGCCAUCCCGGCGAGUCGAAUCGCGCUCGCUAUGCUCCCAAAAACCCCAAUAUCGUUGCAUCCAUGUCCUCUCUGGGUAGUGCGUACAUUUUCGAUAUGUCCAAGGCUCCUAGCACCCCAACUGAGCAGCCGGCUCCCACACUUACUCUGGACCACCACUCCAAGGAAGGCUUCGGCUUAUCUUGGUCCAAUAUCGAGGAAAAUGUACUUGCUACUGGCUCUCAGGAUGGUACGGUUGCGAUCUGGGAUAUUGCCGGAGGUAAUAAUAAGCCCGUGCACGUUUUCGACGACAAUGCUCCCGCCGAUGUUAAUGACGUCUCCUUUUCUUAUGAGCAUCCCUACCUGCUUGCUGCUGGCAGCGAAAACCGCGUCUUAACUAUCUAUGACCGCCGCGGCACUGACUUCCUCAGGACCAAAUCCAGUAAUGCCAGAUCUGGUCACUCCCAAGGCGUCAAUGCCGUUGCGUUCUCUCCUCACCAUCCUACGAUGGUUGCUACGGGUGGUGCCGAUCGCAAUUUGAUGAUUUGGGACAUUCGUAACCUCCAAGAACCCCAAGCCAUUUUGCAGGGCCACUCUCAAGAUAUUGUCUGCGUAAAGUGGUCUCCACACGACAAAAGCGUUCUCGCCUCUGGAGGCACCGACCGCCGCGUCAAAAUUUGGGAUAUUAGUCGCCUGGAUUCUUCAGCAGACGAGUCUGAAGGUGCUCCUGAGCUCAUCUUCAUUCACGGUGGCCACAGCUCUCGCGUCUCCGAUAUCGACUGGCACCCCACUAUGCCCUGGACCAUUGCAUCGGUAUCCGAAGAUAAUAUUAUUCAGGUGUGGAAGGUUGCCGGUGCAAUUGUCGAUGGGAACAGCGACGACGAGGAAAAAGAAAACGACGAUGCCGAGGCAUAA